AUUGCAUGUUACAAUAAUGGCAUCAUCUUUGCAAAUCCCUUAUGCAUUAGGAAUAUCUUCAAACAACAACAACAAAAUCAUGAAAUUCACACCACCAUUAUUAUUACACAUAAAAGCCAGACCCACAUUAACAACAUUAUUAAUGGGACAAUGCAGGAUGAAGAAUAAUAAUAAUAAUAAUAAUUAUCAGAAAGAGAAGUGCUACAUUGCAUGGUGCAUUCACGAUGAUGGAUCAAAUAAAGGUUUAUUCGAUGAUGAUGAUGAAGAUGAAGAUCGUUCUCCACAUUCACUAGUGCUACAUUUCUAUAAGGCCUUGGAAGAAAAAAACAUUGAAAGAAUGAAGCAAUUGCUUUCACCCAAACAUUGUUCUUAUCAUGAUUUCCUCUUCUACGGUCCCUAUGAAGGAAAACAGAAUGUGCUCAACUUUUUGGAGACUGCCAUGGAUGCAUUGGGUGAAAGUGUUAAAAUUAAGCUAGAAAUUGUUGAUGAGGAUCAGAGAGACCAUUCUUCAGUCAAUGUUUACUGGCACCUAGAGUGGAAAAGGAAGAAGAUACCCUUCACAAGUGGAUUCAGAAUCUUUACGUUUGAAGAAGUUGAAGGAAGAUUGUUUAUUAGGUAGUACUAUUUCUCCAUUAAAGUUAGAUUUUUUAGUAAU